AUCCGAAUUCAAGAUUUCCUCUCAAAACCCUUCACUUUACAUCUCUUUUAUCAACAUUGAAAUAUGCAGAUCUUUGUGAAAACCCUCACCGGCAAGACCAUAACCCUCGAGGUCGAGAGUUCCGACACCAUCGACAACGUCAAGGCCAAAAUCCAAGACAAAGAGGGCAUCCCACCCGACCAGCAACGCCUCAUCUUCGCCGGAAAACAGCUGGAAGAUGGCCGUACCCUGGCGGAUUACAACAUCCAGAAGGAAUCGACUCUCCACUUGGUGCUCCGUCUUCGUGGGGGUAUGCAAAUCUUCGUCAAAACCUUGACCGGCAAAACCAUAACCCUCGAGGUCGAGAGUUCCGACACCAUCGACAACGUUAAGGCCAAAAUUCAAGACAAAGAAGGCAUCCCACCCGACCAGCAACGCCUCAUCUUUGCCGGCAAACAGCUGGAAGACGGCCGUACCUUGGCGGAUUAUAAUAUCCAGAAGGAAUCGACUCUUCACCUUGUUCUGAGGCUUCGUGGAGGAAUGCAGAUAUUUGUGAAGACAUUGACCGGCAAAACAAUCACCUUGGAGGUGGAAAGUUCUGAUACAAUAGAUAAUGUGAAGGCGAAGAUUCAGGAUAAGGAAGGAAUCCCCCCUGAUCAGCAAAGGCUUAUCUUUGCAGGCAAACAAUUGGAGGAUGGGAGGACUUUAGCUGAUUAUAACAUUCAGAAAGAGUCUACCCUUCACCUUGUUCUUCGUCUCCGUGGUGGCCAGUAAUUCAAAACUAGCUGUUUUUCCUUUCACAAUAAGCCAUUAGGAAAUUCCUCUGCUUUUACUGCUAAUAAUUAAUGUUGAGUAUCUGGGGUUUGUCUUUC